AUGGUGAUGAUUUCUGUGUCAGCUCUAAGAGGGACUCGAUUCUCCUUCUUUACUAAUAAUCCACACCCUCUUCCUCAGCUGGCAAUUCCAAGCCGGACAUCAAUUAAGCUCAAUUUUCGCUCAAAGACUUUUGCCCGGUAUGCUCAGACCCAGCAAGAUCGUUUCUCUUCUCGCCUCCAAGAUAGUAUUGAAAACUUGCCCAAACUGGUGGAGGAUAUUGUUCAGACAUCUAUCAAUACCGGUCCACGUGGAGCCCUAAGGCUGGCUCAAGGCAUUCAAGCAUUUCUUGGGGUUGGUGGCGAGUGGCUGGCAGAUGUAUCGAAGUCUACAAAUUCUUCUGCUGGAUUACCAACCAACUUGCAGCUUGGAUUACUUUCUCCGCUAUAUUUGAGGAGGUUGUUUGAGCGCAUGGGAGCAACCUAUAUUAAAUUAGGUCAGUUCAUAGCAUCUGCACCUACAUUGUUUCCACCAGAAUAUGUACAAGAAUUUCAGAAGUGUUUUGACAGAGCUCCUGCAGUUCCUUUUCAAGAAAUUCAAGCAAUCUUGCGUGAGGAAUUAGGAAGACCAAUAGAUAGCGUGUAUGAAUAUGUUGACCCAACACCAAUUGCCUCGGCCUCAAUUGCACAGGUUCAUGCUGCAAGGCUCAAGGGCUCUCAGGACGAUGUGGUUAUAAAGGUCUUGAAACCUGGAAUAAAAGAUAUCUUGAUGGCUGAUUUGAACUUCGUUUACAUUGUUGCUCGCAUAUUGGAGUUUUUAAACCCUGAACUCAGCCGUGCAUCACUGGUAGGUAUUGUCAAAGACAUAAGAGUGUCCAUGCUUGAAGAAGUCGACUUUUAUAAGGAAGCUGCAAACAUCGAAGCCUUUAGUAGAUAUUUGGAAGACAUGGGACUUACAAGGCAAGCUACAGCUCCAAAAGUGUACCAGCACUGCAGCACCCAGCGAAUUCUUACAAUGGAGAGGCUAUAUGGAGUGCCUCUUACUGACCUAGACUCUAUAAGCUCACUUGUUUCUAGUCCAGAGACUAGUCUUAUAACUGCCCUCAAUGUUUGGUUUGGUAGCUUACUUGCAUGCGAAACUUUCCAUGCAGAUGUUCAUGCAGGCAAUUUGUGGUUGUUACGUGAUGGCCGCAUUGGAUUUCUUGAUUUCGGAAUUGUUGGUCGCAUAUCCCCACAAACAUGGACUGCUAUGGAACUGUUUCUCGGAUCAAUUGCAACUGAAGAAUAUGAGUCAAUGGCAUCUGCCUUGAUUGAAAUGGGCGCAACAAAUAAGGACGUGGAUGUUAUGGCCUUUGCCAGAGACUUGGAAAAGAUAUUUUCAUCAAUACAGGAUUUGGAUACUGAAUUAAUCGUUGCAACUGCCAGGGACACAAGUACAAAUGCAACUGCUGUCUCUGCCAAUGUAGUUGUUGAUGAGAGGCAGAUGAAUGCACUUUUUCUUGAUGUGAUUCGGGUUAGUGAAUCAUAUGGACUCAAAUUUCCCAGGGAGUUUGCACUUCUCAUGAAACAGCUUCUGUAUUUUGAUCGGUACACUCGAUUGUUGGCCCCCAACUUAAACAUGCUUCAGGACCAAAGGAUUUCCAUUGUUUCAAAUCGACGAAGCCGCUAUAGGGACAGCUUCAAAUGA